UUUUAUACAGUGUGUUAUGUUAUUAAUAAGAGGUCAGAGUGAAGACGGCUGGACUAAACUGGGUUUACUGGGUGUAUUUUUCUUGGAAAUUUUACCUUUUGGACACUUCUUAUCGUAAUUUUGCCAAUAUGUGAUAUUUUAACUGGAUUAUAAAUACCUAGGAGGGACUUUGCAGGAUCAUUACCACCCUACUGUUAGACAGUAUGCUAAGUAUGUAUCUAAUGGAUGUCCUUUGAAAGGAGAAGGGGUACCUCAUCUACAACUACUUAGAAUGGAUCCUAAAGAUGUUUUGAAGACGUACAGCUCAGAUACAAUGAAGUUUAACCCGCCUCUACCUCCUAAGAACCCAGUUAUUAGCAAAAAGGCUCUCAAAGCAAAGAGGAACCAUCCAUCUGGCGGAUCCUUUGUCCAAAACGAUUUUCAAGCCAUCGUUGAUCUCCAAUAUGAUGAGGUGACUGUGGAUGGUAUGGAUUUCAGCUCCUCAAUCAAACCUGAUAGCAAAGACGCGGAUGAUAUGGAAUUCAGCUCUGCAAUAAAACCUGAUAGCAAAGAUGUGGAUUAUAUGGACUUCAGCUCUGCAAUCAAACCUGAUAGCAAAGAUGAUAGUGAAAAUGAUGUAGUGUCAACUAUGAGGAGACCCGGGAGAACAUUAAAAAAGCAAGAGAGCAGAAUAAAAGGAGACAUAGAGAGCAUUUAAGAGAUGCAAAGACGAAUAAUAGAAAAGAGAAACUCUUAAUUUAGAGUGUAAGAAUGUGAAUAGAAAUGAUAGGACAUGUGAUCAAAUAACACUGAGUGACCACUUGUCUGUAAUAGUUUCCCGAUUUAAACAUGCAUUAACCAAUUGAACCCUGUAUUAUCUGGGUCGGUUUUGACGCUCACCCCCUGAACUGUUUGUGCAUAUCAAGCAUAUUGGCAAAAUGAAGAAAUAGUUCAUUUGAAAUAAAUGAUCUCCUCUUUCUAUGAUUUGACCCCAUUCCUGCUGAUAGUGUCUAGACAGACAAUAUGUAAUCUUUAGUAUCUGUAAUAAAUCACUACUUUUACUGAAGUAAGAUUUACCACAGCACACCCAUAGUUGGCAGAAUAUUUGCCAUUGCAUUAUCGCAUGAGCCUCCUCAAUAAGAGUUGUAUUUAUGGCCAAUUUUUAUGCUAAAAUCCUUCCAUGCCAAAUCCAAUUAUCGGCAAAAUUUUCAACUGAAGUUAUUGAAUGAAUAUCCUCAACAUGACAUCAUUUUUAAAAGAUCACCCAACAUUUUAAAUCCAUUUUUUCAUGUCACAUGGCUUCAGGCCAGUAGCCUGGCCUAUUGGGUAUUCGCAAGUUCACUGCAUUGCCAGUACUCCAGCCUUUUCGGAUUCAAAGAGUUAAAGGAACCUUUAAUUAUUACUGUUUGGAUGGUCCUUUUUAUAACUAGUACAUGCCCACAAAAGAAUGCAUGGUGUACCAUGAAACCACUUCACUCUUCCUUUUUAUUCCUUCAUUUUGAUUUAUGGACUGUUGUUUGUGCUCAUACAUUUAUCACGUAACCUAACAUUGUUCAUUAUAGAUUACAUGGAUGCACUGGGCUGAAAAUAAUCUGAUUUAAACAUAUAAAGAACAAUCAGACAAACAAAACACUGAAAAUUUGGUCAAAAUCGGACAAAUUGUAAUAACAAAGUUACAUGUACGGCAUUUUAAAAAUUUGCAUUACUCCGAUAAAACAGUUCUUGGCAUGUCUUCAAGAAUAUUCAAUGAGCAAAUUCACGAUGUCAUAUCCCCACUUGUUCUUUUGUAUUUUAAUAUGAAAUUAGGUUUAUUCAAAUUUAUUUCUACCAAGAACUGUAAAAAAUUGGAUUGAGAACUGAUUUAGUAGAUUGGAUAUUCAUUGCCGCAACUUAUUUCAUUAUAAAGGAGAUACAUUAUUCACACAUGUAUGAAAAAAUGAAACAAUUAUGGUUUCAUGUAAUAACAUAAGAAAAGGGAAAGUGGGGAUGUGACAUGAUCAACCCAUCAAAUGAAUAUUCAUGAUGUGCAUAUAACUAUUUUCACAAAAUAUUGCUAAAUUUCAAAUUUCAAAAAUUAGUUAUUUAUUCUCAGAUUUUUAUGAAAUUUUCAGCAUUUUGCUCUAAUUUUACUCUAUUUAGAUAUAAAUAUUUUCAGACUGGAGUACCCCUUUAAAGACCCAGACCGGAAAUAUAAAUGAAAUUGAAUGGGAAAUAUAUAAGCUACAUGUAUAUAGUACAACAAUGUAAGUUUUAUGCAUAUUUACUGCUUGACAGCUGCGUAUUUAUCUAAAGAAAAACUCAAAUUAGCUGGUUUUGACCAUAUGAUUUAUCAAGCUUCUCAACCCUAAUAACACUGGGGAUGGGGGUUGAUUCGGACCCCGCCCUUCACAUUUUUCAUGAUAAAUCCGCUGCGCAAAUUUCUUUUUACCACGCACUCGCUGUCUUUUUACUUUCAAGUUUCGUGCAAAUUUUUAGACCAAAAUGUUUGACACGCAACAUUUUUACUGCUUAUUCACCCAUGGACAUCAUAUUAUUGUUGGUUGUCAUUUUUGUCUCACCUGAAAGAAGUUCAACAAUCAUUUCCUUUUGGCUUGUUAAGUCUGUUGGUCUGUUCGAAAAUGUUAAAGUUUUUUGUUCAACUUGCUUUCAUUUCUCUAUUUUUGCAUCAGUUAUGUUCAUAAUCGGUACAUAUUAUCUUUGGAUAAUAUAACAUGUGACCUUAUGAGAAUGAUGGGGUCACAGGUCAUCUAGGGGUCAAAAGUUCAAAUGAUAUGAGGUUAUGUUCAUCCUCUUUUGAAGUUUUUGUUCAACUUGCUCUCAUUUCUUUUUCUUUUUUUUUUUGCAUCAAUUUUGAUCACACUUAGUUAAAAUGAUCCUUGGGUAAUACCACAUUUGUGCUGUUGAGGAAGGUGGGGUCGAAAGGUUGAGUUUUUGUUCAAAUUGCUCUCAUUUCUGUAUCAGGUAUGUUCACACUUGGUACAGAUGAUCCUGGGGUAAUACUACAUGUUUGUUCAUUAGGACAAAGGGGUCAAAAUGUCAUGUUUUUGUUCAAAUUGCUUUCAUUUCUGCAAUUUCUGCAUCAGUUAUGUAAACACUUGGUACAAAUGAUCCUUCAGUAAUACAACAUGUGUGUUCAUGAAGAUGAUGGGGUCAAAGGUCAUCUAGGGGUCAAGAAAUCAUAUUGCAUCUUUUAUUGAUUAGGCGAGACUUGUGGUUCAUGAACCACCUUAUUUUAGAUGACUUCCCAGUAGUCCUUUAUUAUGACCACAAAACAAAUUGAAGUUUCUUGUUUGUUUGGACAGUAGGUUGAGGAGUAUUGUGAAAAUGGCUGAUUUUUCUUCCAUAGAAUUGCAAUACCAAUUUUUUUUUGAAGUACAUUUGAUUGGGAUCCUACAAAGAGUCUGUGAAUAAGAAAGUAGCAAUUUUGGGGCUGUAUGUUAGUUGAUUAGAGCAAAUGUUUUUAUUUCAUGCAUAAAUUAGCAUAAAUAAUUCAUACCACCUUGCAAAUUCUUGUGGCACUUGUGCGAUCGAUGACCAAGAUCUCAGGGGGGGGGGGCUAAAAAAUAAGCCCCCGCCCCCCCCCCAAAAAAAAAAAAAAUAAAUAAAUAAAGAAGAUUGCCUGCUGUGUUUAAUGGAUUCUUCCCACACAAUCUUUAACACCAAAUUCUCGAUAUUUUUUAGUCAUGUCAGACCGAAGAAUUCUCAAACUUUAUCCAUGUACAAAUCCAAUGCAAAUCCUGGAUGUUGGUAAAUCAUAAAAAUUUAAUUUUUACUUUUUACUGUUAUAUAUUGUGUAUCUGUACCCUUUUAUUAGUCCUUACUUCGUCCUAAAAAAACGAGUAACCUGGACUUUCAUUGUAUGUAACCCUCCCUUUGUUUUGAAUAAAGGUGAUACUUAAAAAAAUAUGAUAA